GGUCACACCUCGUCUGGUCGUCGUGUACAAAAAUCAAUUACUAUUACUGCUGAAACUGAAUACGUUAAGCGUUUCCGCGAGUAAACAAAACGCCAGUCAACCACAAUUAGCAAUAGAAGUUUAAAUCAACGGAGCAAUAAAAUUGGGAAAAAAUGCAGAUCAAAGAAUUCCGCGUGACUUUGCCAUUAACCGUGGAAGAGUAUCAAAUAGCACAAUUAUUCUCGGUAGCGGAGGCAUCAAAGGAGAACACGGGCGGCGGCGAGGGCAUUGAGGUAUUAAAAAACGAAGCCUUCGAAAAUUUCCCAUUGUUGGGCGGCAAAUAUAAUUCCGGUCAGUAUACAUAUAAGAUCUACCAUCUGCAAUCAAAAGUUCCAGCGUACAUAAGACUGUUGGCGCCGAAAGGCUCAUUGGAGAUACACGAGGAGGCAUGGAAUGCUUAUCCUUAUUGUCGAACGAUUAUUACGAAUCCCCGCUAUAUGAAUCAAAAUUUUUUCAUACAUGUUGAUUCACUACAUUUUUCCGACGAUUGUGGCACAUUGAAUAAUGUGCACGAACUGUCGCCCGAUAAGCUGAAAGUGCGCGAAGUGGUGCACAUUGACAUUGCCAAUGAUCCGGUCCUGCCAGCGGACUAUAAGCCCGAAGAGGAUCCGACCACCUACCAGUCAAAAAAAACUGGCCGUGGACCUCUGUUGGGCCCGGACUGGAAAAAGCGUAUAGAUCCUGUGAUGACCUGCUACAAGUUAGUCACUUGUGAGUUCAAAUGGUUUGGCCUGCAAACAAGAGUAGAAAAUUUUAUACAAAAGUCAGAGCGACGUCUCUUCACAAACUUUCAUCGUCAAGUUUUCUGUUCAACUGAUCGCUGGUACGGUCUAACAAUGGAUGAUAUACGCGCCAUUGAGGAUAAGGUUAAGGAGGAGCUGGACAAGGCGCGACAGACGGGCGAGGUGCGAGGCAUGCGUGCGGAUGGUGAUUAAAUAUAGUAGAAAAUGUUUAAAUAUGUACAUGUAAAAACACAAAACAAAAACUAUGAUAAAACAAACACAGGCAACUGAAUAAUAUAAAUUGAAAUGCAUAAAUAAAUAUACAAACCUUAUUUAAAAAGGAAAAAAAUAA